AUGGUUAUCGGUACUGCUUACAGCAACAACGUCGCCUUUCACGGUUUCUGGUCGGUCAUCCCUACCUUCGUGUGUUUCAUGCCAACUGCUGGUGCCACCCUCGUUAAAGGCAACUAUCGUAUUAUCGGCACCUUUCUUGGAGCCUGUAUGGCGAUUGUCUGUGUUGCCAUCAAUCCUCAUAAUAAGCCUGCUUGGUUUUGUGAGCUUCUCUUGCUCAUGUUCAGCGCUAAGCUGGUAAGCCUGUACGAACCCAUCUGGUAUGCUGGGUGGAUGUACUCGCUUACCUGGCACAUUGUCGGCUUCAGCUCGGUGCACGCUCCCCUCAGCGAUGAUACUAUGAUGAAGCAGGCAGCGUGGCGAUUUAUUUUCACGUUCGGCGGCACUCUGGCCACGACUUUUUUCUCGGCGUGCUUCUUCCCUGAUAUGGCCUCUAGGAAGCUCAGGAGAAUAUCGGCUGACACGCUGGUGGAGAUUUCUAAGAAGUUGAGCAAGUCCUUGGACGAUAUGGCUCGCACGAAGAGCGCCGCUUCGGAAUCUAUUGGCCGCCGAUGGAUGGUGACAGACGCAAGCAGCAGCAGCAGCAGCAGCGAAAGCAGCAGUCUUUACAGCGAGGAGGUUGUCCUGAAUCUUGGCAUCUUCAAGAACGUUACAACUAUGCACAGUUUAGCCGCUGAUGCUAAAUCUGAAGUCGUUGUCUACGGUAAGAUACCUCACGCGGUUUCGAGGGUCAGUAAGACCGUGUUGAGGGAGAAAGAAUCCAUCGUCCAGGUCGUGAAGUAUAGUGUCAGCUUGUACAACUCUGUGCUCGUCACUUCCCUCGCUAGUCACCCAAUCCUUGGUGACAGCGAUUCCUUCAAUCAGUUCUCGAGAUUCCUGCGCCCGAUGUGGAAGAAGGUCUCCCAGUUUUCGGAGGCUCUCAGAGUCUCUGGUGGGCGUAUGAAUGACCGACUGAUCGGCGGUGCUGUGGACGAUGGCCAGGGCAUGCCCGACGAUAUUCACGUCACCAUCCAACAGUUCAUUGACAACUUCCUCGACAUUCGCAAGCGCUUCCUCACGACUGUGCUAGAGAAGGGCGAGAUACCGGCCUCGUUGAGAACUGAGCAGUGCUUCCAGCUUUACCACACUUUCUAUGCCCUUGGCAAGUUCGCCGAGAAAUGGAAUGCUCUUGAAGGUUCUUUGCUGGCCCGCCAAGUUCCCCCGAGCGGUGAGUCGACUACUCUUGCGGCCAUCGAAGCCGCCGAGAAGGAAAAAGCCGAAGGAUCUAAGGACAACCAUACCGAGUCGGAGCAGACAUCCGAUUAUUGA